UGAAUGGGACGGUGAAUCAUGUCUCACUCAUUCAUCACCAGAAGAAAACACCAGGCUGCAGUUCUGCUGUUUCUGCUGCUCUGGUGUGGAGAAUCGCUGGGGACCAUCCACAUCCCUGCCAAAUAUAAAACCGACAACCUUGAACAGCCUCCAGUAAUCACUUACCAGUCGGAGUCACACACGGCCUUCCAGAUGGACGAUGUGUCCCUGCUGUGUGAAGCCAGUGGAAACCCCAAACCCACGUAUCGAUGGGUUAAGGAUGGCGAGUUGUUCACCGAGAAACCUCUCAACUCAGGACUCCUCACUGUCGACGAGAACAAAGAGCUGAAGGAUUACCAGGGGAAAUAUCGCUGCUACGCCGACAACAAGCACGGAACCGCCGAAUCAGCUCUGAUAAACCUCAUCACAGAGGCGACACCAGUUUUGGCAAAAGAGAAGCGUGUGGUGAAGGAGGUGAUGGAGGGUGAUAGUGCGGUUCUUCAUUGCAAUCCUCCAAAAAGCUCCGUGACUUCCAACAUCCACUGGAUGGACAAGAAGCUGUUGCAUAUUAAGCUAAGUGAACACGUCACCAUGGGCCUGGACGGGAAUCUGUACUUUGCCAACGUGCAGGCUAGCGACGCCAGGAAGGAUUAUACCUGCAACGCUCAGUACAUCGAAGCUAGAACCAUCUUACCCAAAGAGCCCAUAACACUCAUCGUCAACCAAACGAACGAGCUGGUGAACAGACGACCUCGCCUACACCGACCUGCAGGAUCUCACACCUACUACCUCGCUCUCCGAGGCGAGAGUCUCACACUGGAGUGUAUUCCACACGGCCUGCCGACGCCCACGGUCAAAUGGGAAAGGAAAGACGCUUCGCUAUCUUCCAGUAAAGCCAUUAAACAGAGCUUCAACCGUUUACUGCAUUUUGAGUCCAUCUCUGAGAGUGAUGAUGGAGAGUAUACCUGCACCUCUACCAACACAGAGGGACACGUAACACACUCUUACACCGUCAGCGUCGAGGCGGCCCCAUACUGGACAAAGCAGCCUCAGAAUGCACUAUACUCUCCUGGAGAAAAUGUUCGAUUGGACUGUCAGGCUGAGGGUAUACCUACACCCCACAUAGACUGGAAGAUCAAUGGAGUGCCUAUUUCUGAGACGAGCGAAGAGCAGAGACGCAAGGUGUCAGGAGGCGUAUUAAUUCUGAACAAUGUUCGGUUUGGUGACACCGCCGUUUACCAGUGUGAGGCCAGCAAUAAACAUGGCACCAUCCUCACCAACACCUACAUUCACAUCAUCAAACUGCCCUCGAUGAUCCUGACUGACAAUCAACUGAUGUACCAAGUGAUGAAGGGGGCGCCGGUAUUCCUCCACUGCAGCUCCUUCGGUUCUCCUCGACCCCAGAUCACCUGGGUAAGUGAGACGGGUCCAGCUCUGUUCAACCCAAAAAUGUCCCAACUGACCAAUGGAACCCUCCGCAUCACCAACACCAGCCAUGAGGAGGCAGGAGAUUACAACUGUACCAUCGAGGGUACGGAGAAGUACAUCACUGCUGAACUGCAAGUGCUCAACAAUACUCGGAUCAUUGCCCAUCCUCAAAAUGCCCGGGAGUUGCGGGGACAACAUGUGGUGUUACAGUGUGAGUACGAGGUCGACGAGCGACUCGAUGAUCCGGUCAUCCAGUGGAGGAGAGACGGACAAAAGAUCACAUCAUCAGCUCAGGAUGACAAGUACACCGUGCUGGAGAAUGGGUAUUUGAACAUCACUGAUGUUCAUGCUGAUGAUAGUGGAAAGUACACAUGUGAAGUCAUCACUGACCACGACAUGGACACCGCAACCGGAACUCUGACUGUGAUUGAUAAGCCGGAAGCCCCUAACUCGUUGAAGCUGAGUGAGAAAGCAGGUCACAGUGUCACUCUGUCCUGGACUGAAGGAGAGAAUAAUAACAGCCCUGUACUCGAGUUUGUGAUUGAGAUGAGAGAAGAUCUUCAUUCAGAAACGGGGGCCUGGCAAGAGAUGAAGCGCGUUUCCGAAGAAAUCCAUCAUCUGGAGAUCGCUCUGAAUCCCUUCUGUACGUAUCACUUCAAAGUGGCAGCGGUGAAUGAGGUCGGAGUGAGCGACUUCAGCGCCCCGUCCGAAUCCUACACCACCCCUCCUGCAGAACCCGGCAUGAACCCGGAGAACGUGAAGAGCGACUCCACGGACCCGGACACCAUGGUGAUUACGUGGAAGGAAGUGGAGCGUAAACACCAUAACGGUCCUGAUUUUAAAUAUAAAGUUUUGUGGCGCGAGUCAUCGGGAUCGAACCCGCACUGGCACCAAGCACUGGUCUCUCAUCCUCCUUUCAUCGUCAACAACACGGGUACCUUCACGCCCUUCGAGAUCAAAGUGCAGGCGGUGAACGAUGUGGGUGAAGGUCCCGGUCCCACCGCCAAAAUCGGCUAUUCAGGAGAGGACAUGCCCCUGGAGGCCCCCAGCGGUGUGGAAGUGGUUCCGUUCAACAGUACAGCGCUUACUGUUAAGUGGGGUGCGGUCAGUAGAGAAUCUGUUCGUGGUCAUCUGCUGGGAUAUAAGAUCUACAUUAUGAAGCUGGGUAUGAAGGAUGAUCACGGAGGUAAACACAAGAGGGCGCUGGACAGGAAGGAUGAGAGACGAGUGAUCGUUGUUAAGGGAGAUAAAAAUGAGGAAGAGACCCUGACCGGCCUCGAGUUCUACACCGACUACGAGCUCUCCAUCACCGCCUUCAACAGUAAAGGGGAGGGGCCUCUGUCUGACUCCACCCACUUCACCACGCCUGAGGGAGCUCCUGAACCUCCUGCGUUCCUGAAAUAUGAGAGUCCGUCAGAGAGCGAGCUGAUCCUGUACUGGGGAAAACCUCAUAGAACCAACGGCGUCCUGCAGGGUUACGUCCUGCAGUACCAGGAGGUUUUGGAGAAACAGUCGAGAGAGGUUGAGGUGCCGCCCAUCGAUCCGAAACUCACCCACUACAGAGUGGAGCAACUGGACCCGAAACACACCUACAUAUUUACUCUGAGAGCUUUUACUGGUGCUGGAGACGGAGAACCCGUAUACCUCCGAGCCACCACCUUACUGGACGCAGUUCCUCCCUCGUUCAUUAAUGCGACUGCUGGAGAAACAUCAGUGAAUCUGAGCUGGGUUCCCGGAGACAGGCAGCGGAACAUCGGAUUCACCGUUCGUUACCGAAUGGAUGAAGGUCAGUGGCAGGAAUCAGAGCCGGUUAAUUCCACUCAGGCGUUUUACCAGCUGGAACAACUGAAACCCGGAAGGAAUUACGAGCUCGAGAUUCGUCUCAACAACGUCACCUACUGGACACAAAACCUGCAGACUAAUGAACCUGAAAUGCGGGAGGUUCAGAACGGAUUCGCCUCUCAGGGUUGGUUCAUCGGUCUGAUCAGUGCUAUCGUCCUGCUGCUGCUCCUCAUCCUCAUCCUCUGCCUCGUCAAGAGGAGCAAAGGAGGAAAAUAUUCCGUGAAAGAUAAAGAGGAAGGUCAGAUCAACUCCGACACCAAACCCAUGAAGGACCACGAGGCGUUUGGAGAGUACAGCAGCGAUAACGAUGAGAAGCACUCGUUAAGCCAGCGCUCUCUGUCGGCCGACCUGAAGCGGCACAGCGACGACAGUUUGGUGGAGUACGGCGACAGCGUGGACAUCCAGUUCAACGAGGACGGGUCCUUCAUCGGCCAGUACAGCGGGCGCAAGGACGCCCACCCGUACACGCAGGGAGACCACGAGAGCCUGGGGGCCGGGUCCCCCGUCAACCCCAACAUGCCCCCUCCGGCCAGCGGCAGCUUCCCCACCUCGGUCACCGGCAUCCUCGGGGGGAACUGAGCGAGCGGGCGGGGCCGAAACCGCCGCGCUGCACCAUCAGAGACUGAAAAUAAGAGUGAAUGAGCCUGUACUGGCAACCUCACGGUUAAAAGAUUGUUUGUUUUUUUCUGGAGCUGGCAACUUUUAUUUACAGCACAGCGGACCUGAUGAAACGUUUAGUCACUGCCGACGAUUUGAAGCACACAUACGCUGCCGACGUACGUUUAUUUACCCAGAAGACCUGGACAGAAUUAAAAACUCACUAAAAUAAAUAAAUAAAAUGAGAUCAGUUUGCUGUUCUUUAUGUAGGAACAGGAACACAUAACACAUCCGUAAAUAUAUUUUUUGCGCUUUCUCUCCCAAUUUAGUAAUUUCUAAUUCCCUAUUAGUGUUCCUCUGCCACCCUCCAGGUGCUUGAUUUACAUUUACAUCAUUUAGCAGCACAAUUUGCGCAGCUGACAAUUAGGAGCCUCGCUCAGGGGCCCAACAGUGGCCUUCUGAUUACUAUUCUAGUACCUUCACCGCUGAUUCUUAUGGAUAGACGAACCGCGUAUGGAGGGUCACAUUAAUGCUCUGUUUGUGCUGGUACCUUGAUCAGACAGCAGGAGGCGCUGUUAUAGCAGCGAUGAGAUGAAACCGUGUGCCACCUUUCCUCCCUCAGACACGUGAAGCUCAACAGUCCAUGCUACAGUCCAAAUAUUCCUCCUCCACGGUCAUGUAGUACCUCAACCAGACAGCAGGAGGUGCUGUUGCAGCAGCGAUGAGCAGAAACCGAAUCCCACCGUCCCUCCCUCAGACACGUGAGCCUCGACAGUUCGUGUAGGAUUUCUUUAUAGAGCUUUAACACAAGCAGUGGCGCACGCUACAGUCCAAAUAUUCCUCCACUGGUCAUGUAGUACCUCAACCAGACAUUAGGAGUCGCUGUUCCUCACCUUCUCUCCUUCAGACAUCGUGUAUCGUGUCUGUAAAGCAUCCUACUCACUGAAACCUGGGUGGGUUGGUGUAAUAGACUGCCACGCCCACCGAGAGACGCCCAUACGGUCAUACGUGUCCCGUAAUUGAGUGCAGGACACACCGGAACCAUCACCAGGACCACCAAGCAAGAAUUCACACCCGCAACGUGCACAACCAAACUACAGCGUGAUGUCCUGUCAGGUCCAGACUUCGUUUCCCAAAUAUUUAGGACUAUAAUAAACUCAGCAGGUUUUCAGGCUGAAAAAAUCCAACUCUGAUUAAAUCUCUAAUCCAGAUUAAGUAAAACAGAAUCUUUGGAAGGUCGUGCAUUGUAGCUUUAAUCUAUCUUUUAAAUUCUGAGCCCUCAUGUUGGAAUCUUGGUUGUGCUUUUAACCGACCAUGUUGCGGCUCUCCGUCUCUGACAGCAGGCGAUUUGGAGCCACUAUAAAACGAUCACAGAAUAAUAAUAAUAAUAAUAAUAAUAAUAAUAACAUGUGCUCUUUAUUUCACUGUAGCUUUCUCGCUCUACGACAGGGAUGAAUAAAAUCCAGAUUAUUUCUGUCCAGGUCUUCAGGUCUCUCAGAUCAGACAUAAAACAUAAAAACAUUCCAGAAUCUCCGUCAUGUUUACGACCCGGGCCGGUUUCUCUCAUCCCAGCUGUGUGUGUGUGCUUUAAACGAUCCUUAAUAACUCGAGUAUCAGGAAUAAUCGAUCGAUUCUUUUAUCAUACACACGGAUAUUAGCAUCAUAAGCGUUAUUAGCAUGCUAGUAAACAGUAUAUAACAGUAGAACUCUUAUAGACGAAGCACUCGUGAGGAGCCGCGUCGUUUCUUUAAUCGUGUCUGUUCUCGUCCUCGGGUUGAGCCAGCGAUCACGCAGGAUUUAUGAUUUAGUUCGUUCUUCAGGAAAAUAAACGUUCAGGGAAUUAAAGAUAAAGAUAAAAGAGAAUGAGACUAACGAUCAUUUAAGA